GCCUCAACCUCAAAUUCCGUGAAGCUCCAAUUACUAGCAAUUCCAAGAACAGGCAUAUCGACUCCCCGCCUCUCAUAAUGGGUGCCUCUUCCUCCAAACCAAAUACGACUCCUAAGACUCAAGUAUGGACGAGGUAAUUCUCUCCCAAUGGGUUCGAUUGUCUAUCCAAUUUGCUAAUCUGUACAUAGCGAUACACCUGUCUCGUUUUCUUCCGGACUCGUCGACUCUUUGCAGAAUAAUCCUGAGGUAGGUGGUCUCACUUGUUUUUAUACGGGCUCAGUUUGGUCAAAAAUGGAGAGAAGGGUGGUUUCAAUAUGCGGGGUACAACGUAGAGGUUUGGGUGGUGGAACUCCAUUCUCUCCAUAACAUCAUAACUCCCGAACCACCACAACCUGAAGACCAACAAAUCCAAUCGCGAACGUUGCAACUAACAAUCACCUAUAGACCGACUCGACCCGCGCUAGAACCCUCGAACUUCACAUCCAAAACCGCGUCGCGGCAGAACUCAAAGCCCUGCAAGAACGCGCAGAAAGAGACUUCCUCACUCUCCAAGAAAAGAUCUCUUCAGAACCUUCGCCCCCAGAAAACGUCUCGGCCGGCGACGCACUCCGUACUCUCGGUCGCGAAAGUGUACAAAAUGAAGUCAAGGAAUUGAAGAAGAAGUUGGAGCAGAGGAAGAAAUUAGCCGUCGAGGAUGAGAGAGUGGAGAGAGCGAAGGAGGAUGUGGUUAAGUGCUUGAGGGGUCAUGAUCGCAGACCGCUGGAUUGCUGGAAGGAAGUGCAGACUUUCAAGGAGGAGGUUAGGAGGUUGGAGGGAGAGUGGGUUGAGAGGGUUGUUAGGUGAAAGCAUGAACGUGCGAAAUGGAGGGGGUUAGGGGUUGUACAUUAAUUUAUGUGUAUUAGGAGAGAGCGGUAUAUGAAAAGCUGUUCUUUGAA